ACCUUUGCCCGCCCGCCCGCCCCCGCGCGCCCCCCCCGCGCGCGCGGCGCUGAGGCGGCCCCGGCCCGGCCGCGGAGCCCCCGGGACCCCCGGCCAUGGAGGGCAUGGACGUGGACCUGGACGCGGAGCUCAUGCAGAAGUUCAGCUGCCUCGGCACUACCGACAAGGACGUGCUGAUCGGCGAGUUCCAGCGCCUGCUCGGCUUCCAGCUCAGCCCCGCCGGCUGCGCCUUCUUCCUCGACAUGACCAACUGGAAUCUACAAGCUGCCAUUGGAGCCUACUAUGAUUUCGAGAGUCCAAAUAUCAAUGUCCCCUCCAUGUCAUUUGUGGAAGAUGUCACCAUAGGUGAAGGAGAGUCCAUCCCUCCUGAUACCCAGUUUACAAAAACAUGGAGGAUACAGAAUACAGGGACGGAGGCGUGGCCCCCAGGGGUUUGCCUGAAGUAUGUCGGUGGAGACCAGUUUGGCCACGUGAACAUGGUGAUGGUGAGGUCCCUGGAGCCGCAGGAGAUGGCUGAUGUCAGCGUGCAGAUGUGCAGCCCCAGCACCGCCGGAAUGUAUCAGGGACAGUGGCGGAUGUGCACUGCCACGGGACUCUACUACGGAGAUGUCAUCUGGGUGAUCCUCAGCGUGGAAGUUGGAGGACUUCUGGGUGUCACACAGCAGCUGUCAUCCUUUGAAACAGAGUUCAACACGCAGCCGCAUCGCAAGGUAGAAGGAAACUUUAACCCAUUCGCCUCUCCACAGAAGAACAGGCAACCAGAUGAAAACAACCUAAAAGACCCUGGGGGUUCCGAGCUAGGCACAAUCAGCAAAAACACAUGGGGGCCUGCUCCUGACCAAAUCGAACAAGAUCAGAAUGGACUGUCACAAAACUCUGUAAAUCUCUCCCCCAGCAGUCACUCGAACAACUUGUCGGUAGUGACGUACAGUAAGGGUUUCCACGGUCCUUAUCACUUCGGACAGUCUUAAAACACAAAAACACAAAACGGGUAUCGACAAGAGGAGAAUUUAAGAAAAAGCUGACUUUUGGGGGAAGGGAGGGGGAUUCAUGUGGCAGACAGACACAGCGUGGACCCCCCUUCUCUGCCUCCGUGUUCUGGAAAAGAAGAAAAAACAAAAGCCCAGUAACUUAAGACUAGCUGUUUCCAGAGGAAAAUCCAAAACCUGAGUAUGCAUGUAUGACUGCUGGAUUUCAGAGUGGUGUAAAUGCUAUGAGGAAGAAGAGACACCAACACUAUGGGUUUUUAGAAAUCAUCUUCACAUGUAAUUAGGUAGCUUAAAAAGAAGUUUAAAAAUGAAAAUUUAAAAGCCAUCUUUAAAAAAGAAUAUUUUGCCUACAGAGCGGUUGUAGUUUGAGCAAAUGUUUAAUUUCUGUUUGUUUCUUGUUCUUUUUUUUUGUUGUUUAUUUUUUCCUAAGGGACAGCGUGCAUUUUCCCAGAAUGUCCUGGUUUGCUGCUGAACAGGACUGGCUCAGCACCCGCUGGGGUUUGUGCAGGGACUGCUUCUGUCAGGCUUUUUUAAUGCCAGGUUGGGUGCUGGUUGCACCCAGCACUGCAUUUUUAACAGCAUCUGCUGGUUUUAGUUACUGACUUUUUAAUCUUUUAUUUUCUCUUUUCCUUUUGGUUUGGGUGUUGCUUUUAAGUUGUCCUGCGUGUCAUUGGGAGCCACGUUACGGACAGGUCUCAAUAUCAGAAUUGGAGAGGGAGACACUGGGACUUCUGGGAUAACAUGGAGGGCUCAUCUCCCUUCCCUCUUGUACAUGAAGUACACAAAUACACACCCAUGUUGAUAAGAAACUGAUUUAUUCAAGCUGUCCUGUGUGGUUAGCAGUUAAAAAUCCCUUUUUGUUCACUCUUGUGUGCAGUAGCUGUGCCUGGAGCUGUGUGCCAAGAGGAAUCUCUGUAGCUGUAAUUCACCUGCUGAUAGUUGUAAAGCUUCACAAGCAUCCUGUCCUUUUCAUUUGGAGUCUCCCCUCUCUCUUUCAGAGCAUAAGUUUGCAUUUGUUUCUCCUGUGCUGAGGUGUAGCUUAGAGGCUGAUCCAUGUGUUCUGGAGCACAGAGCAGGAGUUGACACCACCAGCUGGGUCCCACUGUCACCUCCUCUUCUUCUGCCUUUGUCAUCUGGGCUCGGGGCUGCACUGAGGCUCUGAAUGGGCUCAUGUUAGGGGAGGGAUUGCGGAAAAUUUGGACUGCUCUGCUGUUCCUCCAGCAUGUUUUCCUCCUGUUCUGGACUGCAAAGUGCAGUGUGAGGGGAUGCAGCUUGGUCUCAGGCACUGUGGUGAAUUUAUUCUGAAAUGCUGACCCCACAAACAGAGGGGGAAUGAGCCCUGCAGCACCAUCCUGCCCAAACGAACCAGGCUGGAACAGCCAUCUGCCAAAGAUACAGGAAUAUGCAAAGCUCCCUUUACCUUCUCCAGAUCUUCCCAGUGAAGGCUUUUCUCUGUGUCAGAGCUGCACACUGCAUGGCUUUGCCCUCGCUGCUCUUGGCUGCGUUUGUUUUUGUGGCUGGUUUUGAACGGGGGAAUCUUUCAUUGCAGCUACCAAGGACUGGUACCUGGGUGCAUAUGGAUGGAUCUCGUGGGGUCAGUGGGGGUUCCUUGUGUCCAACAGAGGAAGGAUUGGGCGAUGGAUUUUAUUCAUAUUUCAGAGGUUCAGUUGUUACAGAUCACCAUCAGCUGAAAUCUCCCUUCAGAAAUGUGUUAGCUGGGAGAAACAAGGAUGAGAUCAGAAACUGCCUGGACAGAAGUGGUCCCACAGGAUUUGAACUGCCUGACACUUGCAGUCUGGUGGGCACCUGGCUGUUCCCUGGAUCUGGACAAGUGUUAGGAUUGGAGAGAACCUGCUGAAGGUGCUGCUUCUUGGAAGCUUUAGUUCUUGUGCUGUCACAACAUUUUGCCUUGGACUAGUUCUGAGUAUUAGAUCUGAGCAUUGAUCUGGGGGUGAUUGCAGCCCCACAGUGUGGUGUGGGCAGGUGGAAUCUUCGCUCACUCCCUCCUUUCCUCACAGGUGGCUCACAAGCCCCUCUGAGGAAAUGAACAUCACACCUGCAGCGCUGCUGCUCCCCUUCUGAGGGCACUGCACCCCUGGGGACAGCUCUUGGUUCAAGUGACGAGGUGAUUCCUUAUCUUUAUUAGCUCCUUGUGUCAGCUGUGUAGUGGAAGGAGGGGAAGUCAAGGUCUGAGUCUGAGAGUUCGAGCUGGUGCUGUGACAUUUGCCUGGUGUCAGCAGAGGCACCUGGGAGACCCUUGCACUCGGAUACCCCCACGCUGGCUUUCUGCUCCCAGGCACGUGUGUUCCUCCUGUGUCCCCUGGCUGCCACACUCGUGUUCCUGUGCUCCUCCUGAGGCUGAAUUUAUUUCCCUUGUCUUGAAAAACCAAAACCUGCAUGCUCCCCAAGUAGCCAUGUGCUUUCCCACUCUGAAGGCACACGCGUUUGCAGUCUGUGGUGUCCUGGUGACAAGGGGGUGCACGUUGCAGGCUGUGAGGAAAGGCAGGGCUCUGACAUCUGCAGCUCUUGCUGCUCACGUCCUGCUCUGCCCAGGCAGCUGAGGGAUAUUUGGGGCCAGGGUUGUGGCCCCUGCUGUGGCACUGGAAGGACAUUUAAAACGGGUUGCUCUAUCUCUGUGUUUUUCCUCGAGUAAAAACUGUUUCACUGAGGCCAAAGGUGGUUUUAUCUCCUGGUUUCUUGGAGCUUCGUGUUGCAGCCGGCCCUCAGAUUGCUCAUGCUUCAGGUGUCCAACUUUUAAUGGGGAGAUUGAGAUGAAUUUGGCUAAGUUCUGCCCAGGUGACCUCGUGACACUGCAGUUUGUAUCAGCUCCCAUAAGGGAAAGGGUAGUGUAGAACAUCUCUGAUGGCUUCGAAGUGGGUCCCUCUGGUAAGCAAGAGCCACUUGGACCCUGUCACUAACACAGCUCAAGCAGUGUCACCUCCCAGCCUUGGCAAACUGGAGCAGGAUGUCCCUGGGACUGGCCUCCAAGUGGCAGUGCCAUGGGAGGGGGUGAGAGAGUGGGAAUCUUCUGCCCACACCUCAGGAGUGCUGGAUUCGAACCCUGCCAAGGUUUGGGAGCUGGGGCAGAGCAGUGCAGUCAGAGAGCAGUGGUGUGGGUGGAAAUGCACGCUGUCCCACGUCUGGGUUUCUGUUGUGUUUCAUUUUUUCCGUGUGUGAGUGCGUGGGUGGUUCCCAGCCUGUCUGUGCUCGCCGGGGCAGUGCAUGUGUAGCACGGGAUGGUGUGUUGCCUCUCUGAGUCUGGGAGAAGUCCUAUGAUAGCACAUUGGGGGUGAAAAUAAAGGAAGCUUUUUCCUUAAUGUAUAAAUGAAUAUUUGUAUGAUUAAAUUAACACAGAAAAAAAAAAAAACAA